AGUUGAGUAGUGUAAGUGAAGUGAGAGGCAACGAUACAUAGAAUAUUUUAAACAGUAAAUAUAUAAUUCGUUAUUGUUAUUUAAACACGUUUGUGUUUGUUAUACGAUCACGGAAACUGAUGAUUAUAUUGGAAAGGCGACCACGUAAAUAUGGAACGGAUAUGGGGUUGAUGACCUUUGAAUUUUAGGGAGAAUAUCAAAACUUAUAAACUAGUUAACAUUCAGGCGUUGCCAUCUCGAAGAUGUCGGGAAAAACGUCAAUUUUGGCUCAAUUAUAUUAUUUACGAUAUUACAAUGAAUUUAGAAGAAAUGUACACAGUACUGCGCGGGGCCAGCAGAGGACAAGGAGUUGAGUUUGACGUGGUGAUGAAGUGGUUCGAAGCUUGCAGCAUCAUAGACGGAAGGUUCAUCACACAGGAGCUGUUCGUACAUUCCUACGAGCGUCUCGCGCCUAACAGAGAACACCUGACGAUGGUUAAGUUCAUACAGCUGGUGGGUAUACUGUCCAGGGAGUCGAGACGAGACAUCCGAGUGCUCUUGAACAGAUUUGAGAGCGUCAAACCCGUUAUAAUAAGUGAAAUACAAGAAAUGAGAAGGACAUGGAAUAAUGAGAUCUAA